AUGCCCGUCAACGAGGAUUGGCGACAGCGGCUUCAAUCGGGGCGUGAUUUGGCUGCACUCGCCAACGAUGUGAUCGCCACUUCAAAAAAGCCGUCACUCCUGAACGUGGCCGAACUGCUCGAGGAUGCCGCUUGUCAUGAACGCUUCCUAUAUCAGUUUCUCAACGUCGCGAGUCAACGGGCCAAAGCACUUGACCUGGUCAUCCUCCUCCCCGCAUACCGCGCGCUUGAGGAUGCCCUUGCCCAGCAGGACCUCGCCUUUGCGACUGGCUUGACCAUGGAACUUUUGGAACACCUCCUGACCCACCUCUCCCGUUUCACGCUCCUGCCAGGCCACAUUUCUGACGGCCGUGCCCUGGCAGAUCAUGCCUUCAAUGCUCUACUCUCGGGUCGCAUGGACACUCGCAUGCUCGCCGCCUUUUGCCGUGCCUUUCGACAGUGGGUGUUCACUCCUGCCCAGUUUCGCACCCUGCGCGCCGCUCUGGCUCGAGCCGUCACUGCCUCCGAGCCCGACCUGCUCGCCACCCUCCUACAAGACAUCUUGCCCUAUAGUCAGAAGGGAGACAUGCGCCCCGUUGUGGCAGCAUUGCUGAACCGCCUGGAUAUGCUACACACCAACAACAGAGUGUUGCACAACGACGUUAUCCAAACUCUUCUCCAAGCCGUUCGUCACAACCAGCUCACCUCCCGCGCCAUGAAGACGGCUUUUCAGCUCUGUUGCGGGUGGCUUUGGAACAAGAAGCACGCGAUGAACAAUUUUCUCAAACUGCAACCUGGUUCAAUGCCCUUCAAAUCCCUGCCCGAAAUGUGCGCUCGAGCCUUCAGAUCCAUUGGCCUGCAAGUCCUGCAAGAAUUGUCUGCUCACAACCAGACACUGCGCCUUCAAGUCUUGGAUGCGGUGGCUUCGAUUUUUGCCUCCUGCACGCCUGCAGUGGCCACUGACAUUGCACCACUCUUGCAAUCUUGUGCCAAGCUCAACCGCCAUGAAAAUUGCGAGCUUCAGCUAUCUCGACUCUUGGAUCUGCUAUACAUGACCACGCCUGAAAAGAUGGGGUGUGCUGCUGAGGCAUUGGCCUGGCCCUUUUGGACGCAACCAGGGUUUCGCAACAGCGCGAUGCUUGCUUUGCGCAAAUGUCGGCUGCGUCGUGAUGCAGGAGCACGCAUCAAUGCUGGGCUUUGCAAUUUGAUUUGGCUCAAAUUGUCGCUCGGUCUCCUUGCUGGCAAAGAUUUGUCCUUUACACUGGAUGACUGCGUCGCUAUGCGCCACAGUGAGCUGGCCACCCACGUUUUGGAGACUGAUCUAGAGGAGCUGCGUCUUCCCAUUCACGGCGACAUGUCAGCGGAGAGCAGCGUGAGCGAUCUCAAUGUUAAAAAGGCGCGGACCUGUGUCAAGCUUGCCGAUGCGCUUAUGGAAGCAACGCUGUUGGGAAGCGUUGGGGAGCAACUCAUUCUCGAGACUGCCAAUCGCUUGACGGCACUCUUCAAGUGGCGAAACGUGCGCAUGCUCUCGGAGACCACCACCGCGGCUUCCACGCCUUUUUCUGACCUUGGUUUGCGGUAUUUUAUUGACAGAAUGUAA